AUGUCAACCCUCACAAUGUCCGACGCACCACCGCCAACAGCAACCGUCAUAGCGACAACCUCAGACCCUCACUCACCACUUCUCAUCGCCUGGGACGUCGUAUCCGCCGUCUUCCGCUUCGUCUACUCCUUCAACUGGUCACUCUACAUUUCCCGUCUCUUCCGCGUGUUGUCCUUUCCUUUCCGCCUCAUCCUCAUCCCCUUGGGAUUCGUUAAAAAUGUCAUUCUUGUCCUCCUUGCUCCCCUGUUCUACAUCAUCUCUUAUUCUCUAGCUGGCGUUCGCGCCGUUGUUGAUUUCCUUGUGAGCCUUGAGCCACUAUACACAUUCUUUGGCGCUGCUGCAGGCGUGGGCAUCUUUGCUGGCAUCGUCCUGGCAAUCUGCUCCUCCCUCAUCACCACCCAUCUUGGAAUGCAAGAUGACGAUAUGGCAUCGGAGCGGCGAGCCUCAAAGCAGAGCCUCACUAUUGACACGGGCAGCCGACGAGAUUCAUCCGGCAAUGAACUAGAGUGGCAAUGGCUCGACUCGCCCAGCCACAGGCGCCGCCCAGCGGCUGGUUUGCUCUCGCAGACGAUUCACGAGGAGGACGAUGACUCGGAAUAUUAG